AUGUCGCCAAUGAGUUUCAAUGACUUUGACGCACACACCAAGCUGCUAGCAUCGGACGCCGACUUAUUAAAGGAAUUUCAGACACUGGACUACUUCACAAACCAACAGAUUGACGAUUAUAAGCUAGCUGCCUUGAUAUCUGCCGCCACAACGAAUCUAAACCGGUACGCGGACAUGACUCCCUGUAAGUUUUUCACUAGGCCGAUCUUUCGCAGUGCGAUAAGCGAAGUUCCGCAAAUUUACAUAAAUGCCAACUACGUGAAGGCCUGCGGUUACGAUGCCCUGGGACGCGCGGAGGUUGCGUCAAAGACCACCUUACCUGAGUACAUUGCCACUCAGGCUCCCCUUACACACACGGAAGCCGACUUCCUCUACAUGGUGCAUCAACAACGUUCCCCAGUGGUCAUCAUGCUCUGCAAGUAUGUCAGAUCUUCCUCCAUUACCAAACGAUAA